AUGGCGUCGGCGGAAGAGAUCUUUCCGGUGUUUGAUGCGUCUGAAAUCAGCAAUACUGAAGUUGAGACCUCCUGGAACUUGUUAGUAUCUGCGCUCAAUGGAUCUCCUGUUCCCGUUUCGGCCCUCGAUCAAUUCCCAGCUUUGGAGCCUGCGCUGCUGGACUACUAUUGCCAAGAGAUCUGUGUGUACAGCAACGAAUUUUUCAAAAGCAUUGAUGUUCAAACUGCUGAUGCUGAAUUUUUUGCUGCGCUGAUCCAAGAGCUUCAUAUUAAAUUCCUGACUCCUUUGACAAGACUUCCUUUCGGUAAAGAGAGCCACAUCAUGGUCCAAAAGCAAUUAACGGCAUUGUUGAGAGAUUUUAUUGACGAUCAAGACCACAUAAAGAUACUUCUCGACUAUCUGGAUACCCACAGCCUUCAUUCACCUCAAGCCGUUGAAGUUUUAACUCAGUAUCGCCAAACAGGAAACCUUGACGUAGAGACGGACGCCGCACUGGCAAUUGCGCUGCCUAAAAUCAUCCGCGAGAUGGUAGAGAAGAGUUUCAAAGAUCAAUGGCGGCGCUCAGUUCUUGAUGAUUGUGUGUCUCUAGUUCAAGACACCAUUUUGCCAGUACUGACUGCAAUUGGGAUUUACGAUAGCGAAUUGAGAACGCAAUUGCAAGUUUUAGCUCGUGAAAAACUUGCAGAGGUACGAUUGAAUGAGCUUUUCGAUAUGAUAUUACACGAAGACGAAUCGCAACCUGGUCUUGAUGACCUCAAAGAAGUAAUCCACACCCCUGAGCUUCGAGCCAAAACAGUUUACACUUUGCAGUCGAGCUGUAACUUGCGCUUGUUGAAUAGUGGAGUGGACACAUCUUCGAUUGUCUUAUUUUUUUGGGCGCUGGUAAAUGUCUUAUCCGUUCUUGAUCCGAGAGGUGUGGUUUUAGAUAAAGUAAGUCCGGCUAUUCAUCGGUACCUAAAGGAACGGCCAGACACGGUCGACAUUAUUGUGGAUGGUAUAAUCGGCGAGGAGACUUCUCCGCUGGCAAAACUGUCUGAGAAACUUGCUCCUCCUUCUGAAAGUGAUUUGGCGAUUGAAAAUGACAUGCUCGAUGUCUCGUGGCAGCCCGAUCCUGUCGAUGCUCCGCCAGAUUUCGUCAAGAGACAGACACGAGAUAUUGUGUCGAUAUUCUUCAUGCUUUAUGAUAACCCUGAGGUUUAUAUCAAAAGGCUCAAUUCUGUUUUCAGCAACAAAUUAUUGAGUGUCACUAGCCUUGGCGAACUGUCAGUACUUACCGCCAAGGCAGAGUCGCUCAGAAAGCGCUUUGGUCAAAGACAACUUCAAAGUAUCUAUGUCAUGAUACGUGAUGUUCGCAAAUCUCUGAGGAUGCAAGAUAAGGUACGCGCGUCCAAGAAGUCCUUAGAGUCUACUAAAGCUCUUAUUUUGAGCCAUCGCUAUUGGCUCAACCUCAAAAAUGAGCGAGGUAACUUUCCUCUGCUUUUUCAACAUCUUGCCAAUCAAUUUUGUGGGUUAUUCGAGCGGUACUAUCCUCAGCGAGCUGUAUUUUGGUCACCCGAAGAUAGUCGCGUCUCUAUCAACCUUGAGUUUGAAGACAGAGCUCUAGAUCUCACUGUAACCCCUGAUCAAGCUGCUGUAAUUUACUGCUUCUCUGAAACGCCCCAAAACAAAGCGGACUAUAUUUCCGCAGUAGUCGGUAUUGAUCAAGAUCGAACAGUAAAGGCACUUCAAUUCUGGACAGGUCAAUGUGUACUGAUUGGUCCUGAUGAAAACGGCAUUUAUACUGUUAUUGAAAAAGCAGAUUCCACGGUCCCUCAAGAUGUCGAUAUUGUAGUUGGGGACUCCGCGUCCUCCAAAAAGGCUGCAGAAGAAAUGAUGGUUUAUUGGCAAUACAUUGUAGGUAUGCUAACCAAUCUUGGCUCGCUACCGGUUGACAAAAUCCAUUCGUUCCUCGUAAUGUUUGUGCCAAAAGAUGAUCCAUAUGUUAAAACCAAGCAAGAAUUGGAGCAGUUUUUGUACCACAUGGUGGAUGGGGAAAAGCUAGUCGAAUCCGAAGGUAAUUUCAGUCUGAAGACCGGUUAA